UUGUUGUUGUUGGUUGUUAUUGUUGUUGGUUAUUGUUGUUGGUUGUUAUUGUUGUUUAUUGUUGUUGUUGGUUGUUCGCCCGAUCCAGCGGCUCCAGGUCGGCAGUUCGCCGCUUCCACCACCGCAGCACCGCGGGCGGCAGGCGGCGAGCCGCCGCCUCCUCGCUCGCAUCGACAGUCGCCGAUUGUCUGAGACGCCGGAGGAGGAGGAGCAGGGGUAGGAGCAGUGGGGGUAGGAGCAGGAGGAGUGGUAGGGGCAGCAGGGGUAGGAGCAGGAGGAGCAGGGGUAGGAGCAGGGGUAGGGGCAGCGGGGGUAGUAGGAGCAAGGCCCCUGGCAAGUGCUGCUGCGGGUGGGAGGAGCGGCCUCUGGAGCCAUCUCUAGGGAGAGAGACGCGUCCGCCGCACCUCCGGGCACGGUUCGGCUAAGUUCGUCGUCGUACAUUCAGACAGAACGCGCGCACGUCGUAAAGCGGAACGCGCCCACGUCGUAAAUCGGAAACCCGAGCCCGUCGUAAAGCGGAAUCUCGAGCCCGUCGUAAAGCGGAUCGGGCGCCCGUCGCAAAGCGAGACGCGCCCCGUCGUAAAGCGAGACGCGCGCCCGUCAUGUUCGCCGCGCGCGCCACGUGCGCCAUGUGCGGCGUGGCGGGGCGUCCGCCCUACACGUGCCCGCGCUGCAACGCGCGCUACUGCAGCGCGCGCUGCUACCGCGCGCCCAGCCACGCGGCCUGCAGCGAGGACUUCUACCGCCGCUGCGUCCUGGGCGAGAUGACUCGCGGGGGAGGAGGAGGAGGAGGGGAGACGGAUCCGGCGUCAUCGUCACGCGCCUCCUCCUCCUGUUCGUCGCCCGAGCGAGUGGAGCGAAUGCUUGGGAUGUUGAGGAGGCUCCGGACGCAGCAGCAGCAGGAGGAGGAGGAAGAAGAGGAAGAGGAGCAGCAAGGAGAUUGUGACGCGGAGGAGAAGAAGAUGAUGAUGGAAGCCGAGAGAAAGAAGAGUGGUGAUGACAGCGAUGACAGUGAUGAUGUUGACGAGCAAGCAGAGGAGAUGAUGAAGAUCGGCACGAUUGGUGGCGGCGGUGCCACUGCUCACGCAAAUGUGGGAAUCAAUAUUGACGACGACGACGACGAUGCCGACGACGACGAUGCCGACGACGAUACCGACGACGACGACCCCAGCAGCCUCGCCGUGAGACUGCGGGGCCUGAACCUCGACACGGACUCGCGGCUCGUCUGGGAGAGGCUCACGGACGCCGAGCGGAGGAAGUUCCACGACUUCGUGGACUCGGCCCACGCUGCGUCGUCGUCGCCGCCGCCGCCGCCGCUGCCGCCACCCUGGCGGCCGUGGUGGGAGCGUGGAGACCGCGGCCGCCGGGCCGAGCGUCUCGCGGGCGUCGCGGCGGCGGCGGUGGAGGAAGAGGAGAAGAAGGGACAGAAGCUACGCAGAGAGGCGGAGAAAGACGACGACGAGGACGAGGAUGAGGAGGACGAGGAGGACGAGGAGGACGAGGAGGAGGAGGAGGACGAGGAGGACGAGGUGGACGACGAGGAGGAGGAGGAGGAGGGCACCGCCCGGAUCCCCCCGGUGGCCGCGCUCAUCCCCCCGCUGCGCUCGCUGUCGAGCCGCGGGCCGGCCCCCUGCGUCCCCCUCUCGCUCGUCAGCCUGCUGCUGGCCUACGCGGCGGCGGCGCUGCUCGCUCGCCGCGGCGACGACGCCCCGGCCCGCGACUUUGCGGGGCUCCUCCUGCGGCUCUGCGACCCCCCGGCGGGCGCCGUCCGCGGCGGCGCCGGGGAGGCGGCGCCGCCGGCGGCGGCGCUGGCGGGGGAGGGCGGCGACGGGGAGGCGCUGUGGUCGCGCUGCCUGGGCGCGGUGCGGAGGAUCCUGGAGGGGCCGAGGAGCGGAGACCGCCGGCGCUACGCGCUGGCCGCCCUGUCGCACGCCGGCGAGGUGUUCAAGUGCCUCUUCCUGCUGGCGUGGGCGGCCGAGCGGGGCGCGGAGCUGCCCGGCCUCGCGCGGGCCGUGCGGGAGGAGGAGGAGCGGGAGUUGUGA